AGCCGUGAGUCUGAAGAUGCUGCUAAUCCUGGAAAUAACUUGUAUGUAACUGGUUUAUCCACAAGGGUUACUGAAAAUCAACUUGAGAAAUAUUUCAGUGGUGAAGGAAAGGUUAUUGAAUGCCAUCUGGUUACUGAUCCUUGCUGCAAAGAAUCUCAUGGCUUUGGAUUUGUUACAAUGGAAACAAAUGAAGAUGCAGAGCACUGUAUUAAGUUGAUUGAUUACCGUGGAAAUGGUUAUUACUUCUUUGCAUGGGAACAUCGAGUUGUGGUGGCAAAAUAUCUUGGAGCAACUCUUGUAUUGCCAGACAUAAGGGGAAGCAAACUCGGUGAUAAGAGAUUAGUCCACGAUUAUAACCGUGGC